GUAGCAGGAGGACGAGCCACCUCAGCCGCGCACAUGGCGACCGCAGACAGCUGACGCCCACUAACGGACGCCAGGUGGCGCACAUGGAGCUGAGUCGGAGACCGGUAGUGGAGAGCAGCGUGUUGGCCAGACUGAACGUGCGUUCAGCGGUAGUGGAAGACGCGUGGCAACCUCAGAGUGGACGACCGUCCGGCAUGGCUGUCAGAAGCGUGGUGGAGUGCGCUGGCUGGGAACGUGGCUGCCAGUCUGUGAAAGUGCGUCUGGCAGGCAAUGGGAGGCAAAAUCUGAGAGUUUCAGGACUUAUUCUUCACUCUCUGCGCACACCCUCAUUUUUGUUUCUGAAGAUCAAUUCUCUCCACCUUCUCUCUUCAUUCUCUGCACCUUCUCUCUGAAAGAACCACCCGUUUAAUCUCCUCCGAUCUGUAUUCCGGCACCGUUGAAGGACGCUCGGCGUCAAGGACUUCCAGAGAAGACGUUCGGUUGGCGAAGCUGGACUGGUAAGUCCCUUCCUGCUCUCUGACGUUCGUUCUCAUACCAUGCAACUCAGUUCUGAGUUCGUACGUUGUUUUCCUUCGUAAUAGUAGGAGAUCUGAUAGUGUCGAGCGUUACUGGUGGUAGUUGAGUUAACGAGCGUUGACGAAUAGAAUCUGUGAGUGGAGAAGUGUCUUUGUGCGUCUGUGGACGUUCGGUCAUUUCCAGUUGUUUAUGCGAGGUACUGUUGGCCCAGAAGAAUUGCUUUUCGAUUCAGAAAUUGAACGCACUGCUAGAAGAAAUAGAAGUAGUGCAAGAAGAAGAAAGAGAGAAAGAAGACAAGAACAAAGAUUAAUUGAACAAGAAAAGGAGGCAUUAACAAUGGCAGACCAAGAACCUGUUAGAAAGACUCUUCGUGACUAUUCAAUGCCAAAUCCUAAUAGUUAUCAAGGGAGCAUUGUGAGACCUCCUAUUCAAGCUAACAAUUUCGAAAUCAAGCCUGCAUUGUUGCAAGUCAUUCAACAGAAUCAAUUUGGAGGUGCAAAUUCAGAAGAUCCUAAUUCUCACCUAGAGAAUUUUCUGGCAAUCUGUGAUACUUUGAAGUAUAAUGGAGUUUCAGAUGAUGCAAUUCGUUUGAGGCUUUUUCCGUUUUCACUACGGGAUAAAGCUAAAAGCUGGCUUCAAUCACUACCUCAAGGAAGUAUUUCUACAUGGGAGGAUAUGGCUACAAAAUUUGUAACCAAAUACUUCCCUCCUUCCAAAUCAGCAAAAAUGAGGAAUGAGAUCACCUCCUUCGUGCAACAAGACAAUGAAUCCUUAUAUGAGGCGUGGGAAAGGUACAAGGAGCUAAUGAGGAAGUGUCCACAUCAUGCUUUACCUGAAUGGUUGCAAGUGCAGACUUUCUAUAAUGGUCUUUCACCCACUUUUAAGGCAAUGUUGGAUGCAGCAAGUGGAGGAUCAUUCAAUCUCAAAACACCAGAAGAAGCUUUGGAGACUCUUGAGCUAAUGGCAAACAACACAGUGAAUAUGCAGUUUGAUCGUCAAAAUAGAAAAGCUGGAGUGUUGGAGGUUAAUACUUUGGAUGAUAUCCUAGCCCAAAACAAGUUGUUAACACAACAGAUCACUGAUUUGACUCAGAAGUUGGGAAAUAUGCAAGCAAAUAAUGUUAAUACAAUAUCUCCAGUGUGUGACUUUUGUGGAGGAAUGCAUCAGAAUGGUGAAUGUCAGGCCAAUCAACAAGAGGCACAAGUGAAUGUAGUGGGACAACAACAGAAUCAGUUUUCUACCAACUUUAAUGCAAAUUGGAGACCCCAACAAGCGAGACCUUGGAGUAAUCCAAUCCAAUCUAACCCGCCAAGGCCUCCAUAUCAAUAUCAAGCACAACCCAACAAUCAAGGAAACAAGAUGUCUACGUUGGAAAAUGCAUUAGAGAAGUUAACAAUGCAAACUUCUACCUUUGUGGACCAGACUUCAAAUUUCAUGAAUGAGACAAGGACUAAUUUCAAGAACCAGGAAGCUUCAAUCAGAAAUUUGGAGAACCAGAUUGGUCAGCUUUCAAGACAACUCUCUGAGAGAUCUCCUGGCACAUUCCCUAGUGACAUUAUACCAAACCCAAGAGAGCAAUGCAAGGCAAUUCAAUUGAGGAAUGGAAGAGUGAUAGAGAAUGAAAAAAAGAGUGAGAUGGAGGGAGAGAAAAAGAAAAGAAUGGAAGAAAUAGUAGAAGAAAGUGCUGAAAAAGAAGUUGAGAGAAAAUGUGAGGAGAAGGAAGAGGGAGAAAAAAAUCAAGAGAGUGAGAAAAAGAUGCGUGAGUAUGUCCCUACCAUUCCAUUCCCUCAAAGGUUGAAGAAGCAAGAACAGGCGACGCAAUUUGCAAGAUUUCUUGAUGUUUUUAAGAAGCUCCACAUUAAUAUUCCAUUUGCUGAAGCAUUGGAACAAAUGCCAAGUUAUGCUAAAUUUAUGAAAGACUUGCUGUCAAAGAAGAGGAAGCUUCAAGAUGAUGAAACAAUUAUGCUCACAGAGGAGUGCAGUGCAAUAAUUCAGCAAAAGUUACCUCCCAAGUUGAAGGAUCCAGGGAGCUUUGUCAUUCCAUGUGAGAUUGGAAACAUCACUGUGGGUAAAGCAUUAUGUGACCUUGGAGCAAGUAUCAAUUUGAUGCCUUUGUCCAUUUUUAAAAGGUUGGGUAUUGGUGAAGUAAAGCCCACUAUGAUAACUUUACAAUUGGCAGACAGAUCAAUGACUUAUCCUUAUGGAAUUGUGGAAGAUGUUCUAGUGAAGGUGGAUAAAUUCAUUUUCCCAACUGAUUUUGUGGUUCUUGACAUGGAAGAAGAUGCUAAAGUCCCAAUUAUAUUGGGAAGACCAUUCUUAGCAACAGGAAGAGCAUUGAUAGAUGUAGAACAAGGACAAUUGAUGUUAAGAGUGGCAAAUGAAAAAGUCACAUUUUCUAUGACUGAAGCAGUGAAGCACAAACUUGACAGAGAGGACUGUUUCAAAGCUAAAAUAAUUGAGUCCCUUGUGUUGGAGGAGAUAAAUUUCCAUGUAAAGCAGAAUCCAUUAGAGAGAACUCUACUGUCAGGAAUGGAAGCAAAGGAGUUGAAAAGAGAAAUUAAUGAUGAAGAGGUGGUGAAGUGUGCUGAUCAAUUGGAAGUGCUGAAGCCAAUAUUCAAUUCCACUAGAGGAAUAGAAGAUUUACACAAGAGUGAAUGGUUGUGGGAUUAAAUAUUGAAUGUUGUUUAUUUUUGAUAGGGUAUAGGAUGAUAGGAUAGGAGGCAGGGGGAAGCAAGCCGAACGAUAGGAGGCAGAGGGAAGCAAGCCGAAUGGUAGGAGGCAGGGGAAACAAGCCGAACGGUAGGAGGCAGGGGAAAGCAAGCCGAACGGUAGGAGGCAGGGAGAAGCAAGUCAAACAGUAAGAGGCAGGGGAAAGCAUGCCGAAUGGUAGCAGAGAGGGGGAAGCAAGCCGAACGGUAGGAGGCAGGGUGAAGAGCUAUAACCGAUCGAUUGAAAAGUUACUGGUAGGUGAUGAGCGGGAAAUAAUUAUAGUAAAUAGAGCUAUAUUUUAGGAAAAUAUUCAGUAUAAGAUAAUUAUAGUAAGUAGAGUUGUAUUCCAGGGAAAUAUUUAGUAUAAGAUAAUUAUAGUAAAUAGAGCUAUAUUCUAGGAAAAUAUUCAGUAUAAGUUGGACGGGAAAUAAUUAGUAUAAAUAAAGCUAGAGUCUAUUGUUAGGGUUAUGUUUUUUAUUAUUGAGUUUGUUGACCGGCCACAGUCCUGGGAGGGAGGUUAUGCUCCCAAGUAAUUGAGGGAGGUUAUGCUCCUAAGUAAUUGAAGGACAUUAUACUCCAAAUUAUCUUUGUUUACUUUUGUUUAUUCAGAAAAUUCU